AUGGAGCCUGCCUGAGACGUACCGUGGGCUCCGGCAGUUGCUGCGGCGGCCCAACAUGGAGGCAGCGGCCCCGCAGCCGCUGCUGCUGCUACUGCGGCUCCUGGCCGCCUCGGUGUUGCGGUGCGAGCCGGGCUCGGCCGGGGGUACACUGAUGGAUGAACAGCCUCCCUUUUACUAUAGCCUGAUGGCAAUUAGAUCACUGAGAUCCUGGUUGUCUUCUAGUAUUCAGAAGUGAUACUCAAGCAUCUCCAUUUCUGCUUUUUGCCAACCGGCGGGAUGUUCGACUCGUGGAUGCUGGAGGCACAAAGCUGGAGUCUACUGUGGUGGUCAGUGGCUUAGAGGAUGCUGCUGCGGUUGACUUCCAGUAUUCGCAAGGCAUCGUUUUCUGGACAGAUGUGAGUGAAGAAGCCAUCAAGCAAACUUACAUUAACCAAACUGGGAAUGUGGUGCAGAAUGUCAUCAUUUCUGGUCUGGUUUCCCCGGAUGGCCUGGCAUGUGAUUGGAUUGGGAAAAAACUUUACUGGACGGAUUCAGAAACCAAUAGGAUAGAAGUAGCUAAUCUCAAUGGAACAUCUAGAAAAGUCCUCUUCUGGCAAGACCUUGAUCAGCCCAGGGCAAUAGCUUUGGAUCCUGCUCAUGGGUACAUGUAUUGGACUGACUGGGGUGAAACACCCAGAAUAGAACGGGCAGGAAUGGACAGCAGCACACGAAAAAUAAUUGUUGAUUCAGAUAUUUAUUGGCCAAAUGGACUCACGAUAGAUCUUGAUGAGCAGAAACUUUACUGGGCUGAUGCAAAACUCAGUUUCAUUCAUAGGGCAAAUCUAGAUGGUUCCUUUAGGCAAAAAGUUGUUGAAGGUACUCUUACUCAUCCCUUUGCACUGACCUUGUCUGGGGACACUUUGUAUUGGACAGACUGGCAAACGCGCUCCAUUCAUGCGUGUAACAAAAGGACGGGAGAGAAAAGGAGAGAAAUAUUGUCUGCCUUAUAUUCACCGAUGGACAUCCAGGUCUUAAGUCCAGAUCGGCAGCCAUACUUUCACACCCCAUGUGAAGAAAGCAACGGUGGUUGCUCCCAUCUGUGCCUGCUGUCUCCAAGAGAUCCCUUCUACAGCUGUGCCUGUCCCACUGGUGUGCAGCUAGAAGAUGAUGGCAGGACAUGCAAAUCAGGUGCUGAAGAAGUCUUGUUGCUUGCUAGAAGGACUGACUUGAGAAGGAUUUCCCUGGACAUGCCAGAUUUCACUGACAUUAUUCUGCAGAUAGACAACAUCAGACAUGCAAUUGCCAUAGACUAUGAUCCUGUAGAAGGCUACAUCUACUGGACUGAUGAUGAUGUCCGGGCAAUUCGUCGGGCCUACCUUGAUGGUUCUGGAGCACAGACUCUGGUAACCACAGAAAUCAACCAUCCAGAUGGUAUUGCUGUGGAUUGGGUGGCAAGGAACCUGUACUGGACUGAUACUGGAACAGACCGCAUUGAAGUGACCCGGUUGAAUGGGACAUCAAGAAAGAUCCUUAUCUCAGAAAACCUAGACGAACCUCGAGCAAUAGUGCUCAAUCCUGUAAUGGGCUACAUGUAUUGGACAGACUGGGGUGAAAGUCCAAAGAUAGAAUGUGCUUAUUUGGAUGGCUCAGAAAGGCGAGUUCUGGUGAAUACAUCCUUAGGUUGGCCUAAUGGCUUGGCACUGGAUCUUGAAAAAGACAAGCUUUACUGGGGAGAUGCAAAAACAGAUAAAAUUGAGGUCAUAAAUGUUGAUGGAACAAUGAGAAAAACCCUGCUGGAAGAUAAGCUUCCACAUAUAUUUGGGUUCACGCUCCUGGGAGAUUACAUCUACUGGACUGACUGGCAGAGACGAAGCAUUGAAAGAGUUCACAAGAUAAAGGCUAGCAGAGACAUCAUAAUUGAUCAGCUGCCAGAUUUAAUGGGCCUUAAAGCAACAAGUGUUACCAAAGUGUUUGGAACUAAUUCAUGUGCAGAGAGUAAUGGAGGCUGCAGCCAUCUGUGUUUCUUUACACCUCAGGAGACCAGGUGUGCCUGUCCCAUUGGCCUUGAGCUGUUGAGUGACAUGAAGACUUGCAUCAUUCCUGAAGCCUUCUUAGUUUUCACAAGCAGAGCAGCAAUUCAUAGGAUUUCCCUUGAAACCAAUAAUAACGAUGUUGCUAUUCCUCUUACUGGAGUCAAGGAAGCAUCUGCUCUGGAUUUUGAUGUCUCUGAUAACAGAAUCUAUUGGACUGAUGUUAGUUUGAAGACCAUAAGCCGAGCUUUCAUGAAUGGGAGCUCUGUUGAACAUGUGAUUGAGUUUGGGCUAGAUUAUCCUGAGGGAAUGGCUGUAGACUGGAUGGGAAGGAACCUCUACUGGGCGGAUACUGGAACCAAUCGCAUUGAAGUAGCCCGCCUGGAUGGACAGCAUAGGCAGGUUCUUGUGUGGAAGGACUUGGACAACCCAAGGUCUCUGGCUCUUGAUCCUACCAAAGGAUACAUGUACUGGACUGAAUGGGGAGGUAAACCUAGGAUUGUUCGAGCGUAUAUGGAUGGAACAAACAGCAUUACUUUGGUAGAUAAAGUGGGUCGUGCCAAUGACCUCACUAUUGAUUAUGCGGACCAAAGGCUAUAUUGGACUGACUUAGACACAAGCAUGAUUGAGUCAUCAAAUAUGCUAGGACAAGAACGAGAAAUCAUAGCAGAUGAUCUACCUCAUCCAUUUGGAUUAACCCAAUACAGUGACUACAUCUACUGGACAGACUGGAAUCUUCACAGCAUAGAAAGAGCAGACAAGACCAGUGGGAAGAACAGGACACUUAUUCAGGGCCAUCUGGAUUUUGUGAUGGAUAUAUUGGUCUUCCAUUCUUCACGUCAGGAUGGCUUGAAUGAUUGUGUGCAAAAUAACGGCCACUGUGGUCACUUGUGCCUUGCCAUACCAAAUGGAUUUAGGUGUGGCUGUGCUGCUCACUAUACCUUGGAUCCCAACAGCAGGAACUGUAGUUCCCCUGCCAGCUUCUUGUUGUUUAGCCAGAAAUCUGCAAUCAGCCGGAUGAUACCAGAUGAUCAGCGAAGUCCAGAUAUCAUCCUGCCUAUGCAUGGUCUAAGGAAUGUCAAGGCUAUUGAUUAUGAUCCCUUAGAUAAAUUGAUCUAUUGGGUAGAUGGACGUCAGAAUAUUAUAAAAAGAGCCAAAGAUGAUGGCACCCAGCCUUUCACUGUCAUGAGUACUCCAAACCAAAGUCAGAACCCAGAGAAGCAGCCACAUGACCUUAGCAUCGAUAUAUACAGCCAUACCUUGUACUGGACCUGUGAGGCCACAAACUCAGUCAAUGUCCACAGGCUGAAUGGCGAGUCCAUUGGGAUGGUGCUGAGAGGGGAUCAUGACAAGCCCAGAGCCAUUGUAGUGAAUGCAGAGCGAGGGUACAUGUACUUCACCAACAUGCAAGAUCGAGCUCCCAAGAUUGAGCGUGCAGCCCUUGAUGGCACAGAGAGAGAAGUGCUUUUUACAACCGGGUUGAUCCGACCAGUAGCACUGGUGAUUGACAACAAACUUGGAAAGCUUUUCUGGGUGGAUGCAGAUCUGAAGCGCAUCGAAAGCUGUGACUUGUCAGGUGCUAACCGCGUGACCCUGGAGGACUCCAACAUCCUUCAGCCAAUGGGACUCACUGUGCUGGGGAAUCACUUAUAUUGGAUUGAUCGUCAGCAGCAGAUGAUUGAGAGAGUGGAGAAAAUAAAUGGGUACAAAAGGACUAGAAUUCAAGGCCGAAUUGCUCACCUAACAGGCAUUCAUGCUGUGGAAGAGCUUGAUAUGGAGGAAUUCUCUGUCCAUCCAUGUUCCCAUGACAAUGGUGGGUGUUCGCAUAUCUGCAUUGCCAAAGGAGAUGGGACUCCAAGAUGUUCAUGUCCUGAGCAUCUUGUGCUUCUACAAAAUCUCUUAACAUGUGGAGAACCCCCAACUUGUUCCCCUGACCAGUUUACUUGUGCAACUGGAGAGAUUGACUGCAUCCCAAUGGCAUGGCGUUGUGAUGGAUUUCCAGAGUGUGAUGACCAGAGUGAUGAAGAUAACUGCCCCAUAUGCUCUGCAUCUCAGUACCAGUGUGAGAAAGGACAGUGUAUCGAUGUACACUUACGGUGUAAUGGAGAAAUUGACUGCCAAGAUAAAUCUGAUGAAGCAGAUUGUGAUACAAUUUGUCUACCCAAUCAAUUCCGAUGUGCAAGUGGCCAGUGUAUCCUCCUGAAGCAACAGUGUGACUCCUUUCCAGAUUGCAUUGACGGUUCUGAUGAGCUUAUGUGUGAAAAAACAAAGCCAGCCUCAGAUGAGGCACAGCCACACAGUAGUGCCAUUGGUCCUGUCAUUGGUAUAAUACUGUCACUUUUUGUCAUGGGAGGAAUGUACUUUGUUUGUCAGCGAGUGGUGUGUCAGCGCUAUGCCGGGCCUAAUAGUCAUUUUCCACAUGAGUAUGUCAGUGGCACCCCUCAUGUCCCUCUUAAUUUUAUUGCUCCAGGAAGUUCUCAACAUGGCACUUUUACUGGUAAGGAUGGCAUCUCUUGUGGAAAGUCUGUGAUUAGCUCCAUGAGUCUCAUGGGAGGAAGCAGUGGUGCCCCCUUAUAUGACAGAAACCACGUUACUGGAGCCUCUUCAAGUAGCUCAUCCAGCACUAAAGCUACUUUCUACCCUCAGAUCUUGAACCCACCUCCUUCCCCAGCUACUGAUCGCUCGCUGUAUAAUGCAGAGAUGUUUUAUUCCUCAAACAUUCCUUCCACCACGAGAUCUUACAGGUACAGCUCAUAUAAAAGGCCAUACCUUAUACGAGGGAUAGCUCCACCCACAACCCCAUGCAGCACAGAUGUUUGUGACAGUGACUAUACUACUAGUCGAUGGAAAGCCAACAAAUACUAUAUAGAUUUAAAUUCAGACUCAGACCCUUAUCCCCCUCCACCCACUCCUCGUAGUCAGUACAUGUCAGCAGAAGAAAGUUGCCCUCCAUCUCCUGCCACGGAACGAAGCUAUUUUCACCUCUAUCCUCCGCCACCCUCUCCUUGUACGGACUCCUCAUGACCUCAACAGAAGGAACUUUUUCUGUAAAUAUUUUAAAAUAUGAACAGAUUUUAAAUAUAUAUUUUAUGAUUUAAUUGGGGUGGGAAUUUAAAAACAUAAAAUGUGAAUAAAAAUGAGUGGGAUGGAUGGGGCUGUGAAAAAUUGUACAGAGGAAGGAUAUUUAUAAAAUCGAUUUUUUUAACUUAAUUUCCAUUUUUUUGUGCCAUGUUUGCCUUUUUGAAGUCAUGAAAAUGACUCAGUCUCCAAAGGAUUUGGGGAAGCAAUGCAGAGAAUAAAAAUACAUUUAAAUAAAAUUGUCAGUAUCUGCUUGGGAGAUACAAACCACUGGAAGAAAACAUGCAAAGAUCACAACCCUCAGAUGCCCCUGUUUGCAAGUGGGCUGAAUGCUUCCCAGCAGAACUUGUAUGUUGAGACUUGUAUUUCAAACCUCCUCCUCGAUUUGCUUAGCAUUGAACUGGAAAAACACUUAUUUUGGCCAAACCUCCCAGCUUAACUAGGCCCACAGGCAUCAUACCCUACCUCAUGUCACUACACGUGGCCAGUUCUGGAACUUAGCUUGGUUUAGCUCCAGUCAUUUCCCCACUGCACUGGGUGAAUGGUAGCAAAGCAGUUGUAUUGAUCGUUGGGUAAAAACAAGGAACAAGUUUAAAGUGGUAUUUAAGCUAAGAGAAAUGCCUCACAAAGUGCAGAUUGGGUCAGACUCACCAUUUUAACAGUGAUGAAACCAAGUUCCUUCAUCCACCAUAAGGAUGUGAGGUAUUGAUGGUGGUCUGGGAAGAGGCUGGGAAGUCAGCCACUUCUCAAAGCACAGUUCUCUUUUUCCCAGCAGUCCAGUAAUUCACUGUGCCAGGUCUCUGAGGUAUUCAUCUGUGUUGACUUGAUCAGAGAAUUGCUUCAUAUCUAGUGUUCAUUUUCCAAAGUGGAAUGAUAUGGUCACUUGUAUUCAUUUAAAUGAGGAAAGUUGUUUGGUUUUUAAUUGGUGUUUCUAGAAAAUGGUAUCUGCAUAUCUCAAAACUAAAACACCUCCCAUUCAAACAGUUUAGUCAUAUAUCUUUAAAAAUUGCCACAGCAUUAGUUUAGGUUUAGAAAUAGACAGAAAAACCAUAGGGGAGGAAGGAGAGGACACAAAUAUUACUUUUUUAAUUGUGUUGAAAUAAAAAACAUAAACUCACAUACAAACUCCUGUAACCUAAGGAUGUCAUGAUCAGAAAAGUGCUCAUGUUUCCAGACUCCUACCAAAAAAACCCUUUGGGAGUGGGGAGCUAGGAUCAGUCCCUUUCAAAAUACAGAAGAUAAAUUUUUGUGUUGACUGCUCUCUUGCUGUAAGAAAAGGGAUUAAGUAUUGUAUAGCACUUUAUAAAUUCAGCUCUAGUAACAAAAAUGUGAGUGCUUACUUGAGACAUCUAAGGGAAGUUCUGAAUAUACAAAGUCAUACCUGUUCUUCAGCAGAUGUGUUGGGCCUUUGACAGCUUUAAUAUUGUUGGUAACAAUGAAAACUUUUUUUCUCAUUUGAACUUAAAUUAUAGUUGCUUUUGCAUCUUUUAGCAGGUUAUUUAAGAGCACAUCAGAGGAACCUUGUAACUCCAGGAGAGGGGUCUUUGUGGUGAUGAUGGAGGGGCUGGGACCACACUGUUCAGAUCCAUUUUGUGUUUUCAGAUUUAUUAGUCCAGAUUUGUUCUUCUUAUCUACAUUGUUCAAGAAGAGGAUUUGUGCUGUCAUGGGUGUGUUACUAAAACUCUUAAAAGUAGCUUUUACUAUAAUACCUUCAUGUCUAGAUUUUCACUUGAGAGACUAAGCACAAAAAAUGUGCCCACCAUUUUUCAUGGAGAAGAAUUCAGAAUUGGAGAAUACAACUUUGGAAUUUAAGAAUGGGUUCUUUCACCAUACCCUAUCAACAUUAUUAAUUCUGUGUUAUGCCAAGUGGGAUAACGUCAUAGUUUGUUACUCUCAGAUUGACUCGGCAAAUCUCUGAAUGGGUGUUAAUGAUUUGGUGAAACAAAGCAAUUCUCUUGUGGUCAUGUUUCAGUGAACUAAAAUAGGAAUAUAGAUACCCAGGAUAUUUUAUGGACCAUGUUAAUCAUAUAAAGGAGUACUUGUUCUGCAUUACAGCAGUUGGUAGUCCAGUUUCAUAUCAUUUGUAAUUUUGUGCAUGAUAACUAUUCACCAUUUAUAAUUAAUUCAUUAGUUUAGCUGUCUUUUGCUAUAGUUCUAGCUUAGAGACAUACUACAUUAAUUUUCCUGUAUUCCUGUGGUGACACUGAAUGCAAAACUACAUUGAUUUUUUUUUUCAUUAAACCACCAAUCUUUUUAAAGAACCACAACUAUGAUGAUCUUAACAACUUUGUCUGAAGACUUGUAUCCUAUUGCAAAAUUUGGAGUUGAGUCAAAGAAAAUUAGCAUAAACUAUCUCAAGAGUAAAAUUCUUUUGGGCCUUAGGUAUUCAGAAGGAAGGAAGCACUUGCGAAUGGGGUGAAUUAAGAGUGUACAUUUUAAUUUCAGUUGGACAUUCACAACCUGAUGUUUGCUGAAAAAUUGCCUCCUCUGAGCCGCUUGAAGUUUGGUGAUGAGAAUCUAAGCCCCACAGUGCUCCAUACGACUUUAAAAGCCUCUUCUAAAAAUAAUUCGUAUACAAGUUUAGCAUCUUAACGUUUAAAUACUAAAUAUUAUUUUGAUUGCUGUGUAUACUUUAAAAGUUUUACAUGGUGCUAGAAAAGACCAGAAAGAAAAUUUGAGGAACAGGAGCUACUUCUCUGCAGAAAUAUCCUCAGUGUGCUCUUAGUGGUUUCCAUCCUGUGAACUUUCAGGCUAAAAUGUAGAAAAUAGGUGUUAUUUUCUUCUAGAUCAGGAUGAGAGGAAGAGUUGCAGGGAAUUGGUGAAUGCAUAUGACAAGUUAUGGUAGUUCAGGGCUGAAUAGGAAAUAAGUGGGAUAAAGUUGUGAUUUGGUAAGGUUUAGGUGUAGCUUUAACAGUGCAAAAGCUUUCUGUGAGAAAGCUGACAAAUACUAUAAGAUUUCUCCCUUACAAACCUGCACGGGGAUCCAUGUGACUACCUGUGUGAGCUUGUGAGUACCUGAACCAGUGUUUUCAACUACUAUUUUCCAAGCCCAUUAUGACUGCAUAUUAUGACUCGAAACAGCUCAGGGUGUAAUAUAGAACUGUGCCUGGAGAGCAGCUAGUGAUGGGCAAGUGUUAUGGUUGAUUCUGUGUUAGAUUUUAAGGACAGAUGUCCUAGCAGAGAGCAAAUUACCUGCCUUCCAGUGCAGUCAUGAAAGCUACCUGUGUUCUCUUUUGUAGCAGUUGUCCUAUCUGCCGGACAGAUGCAGAAACAGUGUGAACUUUUAAGGUAAAUGGACAAGUCAUGAUCUUUGACAGUGAAGUAUUAUUUAAUUUCAACCAAAAGUUUUGUGUAAAUUAUAGCUAGACUCAUCAACAGCCACUGCACUUGGAAAUUGGAAUGGAGAUAAUGAAUUUAUUCAUUAUUGCUGAAUGAUUUUGAGGAAACUUCAUUAGCAGUAUCCCAGCUGUCUUACUAGUUCGGUUUUCUUCUAUCUGGACAGAUCGCUGAAGAGCACUUAGGCUAAGAUCAAGCUAAAUCUGUAUGUAUGACAAAUAAUGUUUUCUUUAGGAUAGUGUCAUAGUACAAAAUGCCCCAUGUCUAAAAAUGAGACUGUCAUUAUUAGGAUAUUCUAAAGAGGAAUGUGGUAAUGAGUGGAAACAAGCUUCUUCUUUUGGAACAAUGGGUUUGUUUUUUCAGUAAUAAACUUUGAUCUCUCUGGUUUGCAAUGGGUGCAAGCACUUUCAUAGAAGUUCUGGUUCUUUUCAAAGUAACAACAACAGGGUCUCUUCCUUCAAUACCUGUUCCACAUACCUAGGAUGGGCCUUCUGGAAAUCUACAGUCCUGUUUAUCCUAGAUCUUUUUUCCAUCUGAUAUCUAGAAGGUCAUAUGCUAGGACUCAUCAUGUUGUCCCCAUUUUUAUGCCAACUAACGCCUCUUGGAUUCUGAGACUUUUGGAAUUCUAAAGUUCAGUGCACAGCAGAUUUGGAAGCAGGAGCACUCAGUAAUAUGCCAGUCACAAGGAUGUUCCUCCAUUGCCUGCAGGGUCAGAUCCCUUUGCUAGGGAGAACUCCUGUGAUACCCUUCUUCAGAGCCUCUGGAGUAUGUUGUACUACUUCACUCGUGUGAUCAAACUUCGCAAAAGUUGUGUGCCCUGUUUGCUACAAGCAUUUUAAGAAGCAGAUAUUUUCUGAUGUCAUUCAUUUUAAUGGGGUAUAUGUUGAGUCAAUUCAAAUUAGUAGCUGUGCUUAUAACUGUGCUGCAAGUAAUAUCUAUUAAUGUCAGGAAAUGAAAACAGAAGGCAAGCAUGUUCCCAAUAAUUAAUAACAGACAAGAGUGCCUGGCAUGGAGCCCUGAAUUAGAAGUAACAUAUUUGCUGUUACAGUGCUGAAGGACAUUAUUAAAAUGUCCAUGUUUGGACAGAGCAUUGGACAACCCACAGUCAAUGAUAGUUAUUUACAAAACAGUUAUUCACUUAUUUCUAUGCUUUUAUUAUUACUCCACUAUGAAUUAUGAGUGCAGUCCUCGCCAUAAAUUUGGUUUGUCUAUAGAAUGCUCAGGGAAGGCUGAAUCCUAAAUUCUGAGAGGUGUCUGCUGAUUCUGUUGCUGUUCUCUUAUGUGUAGCAACACUUUCUGUUCAUCGUUAAACAUAAAAAGCCCCGUUCUUCCCCUAUUGUAAGUUUAGCUUAAGGUAUUUACCACAUAUUAAAAGAAAUACAUAGAUAUUUUCAAUCCUGUCAUGUCUUCUAGCUCUCCUUCCUGAGAACACUUCCUCUAGAUUUUGUAACGGGUAUUUUUCUUUAAUUUGUUUAUUUUGAGGUUGGCUAAAUAUGCUGUGGGCCUUUUCACAUAAGAUUGUACUCCUUGGAGGGGUAAAGAGGAAGAAUUUAUUUUAAAUAAAUGGUAAGCCUGCUGAUAGGAAUAAUGGAAACAAGUCUGAUGGUACAAAUGGCUUCUGCAUUCCACAACAAAACCAUUCAAAAUGCCAUGUCCUGACAUACUGACAGUGCUCCCAGUCACUCAUGACAGCAAGCUGUCACAUCCUAGCUGUUCCCAGCAUGAACCACAGCUCUUGUUGCAGCCCACCUCUGGAGUCAGGGGCUGGGUUCUCUCCAGACAACACAGAAUCCUGGUGGAUGGAAGACCACAAUGACAAUGCCUAAAUGGGUCAUUUUAUAUUGACAAAAUAUGGGCAGAGAAUGUGCUUAGACUUAUCAGAGGAGCAUUGACAGCUGCAGUAAGUGACAAAUUCACUGUCAUUCACAUAAUUGAAAAGCAAGUACUCCCACUGGCACACUUUUCUAUAAAUAACAACGAUGCUACUCCUGUGGUGGUGUUCCCUGGGUAGCUGUGUUUGACAAAGGGAGCAAUAUUUUGGUUCGUUUUGUACAGAAAUCCUGCAGCAUGCAAGUAAGUAUGGAGGUAUUUUGGUUGCAACUACAAGUUACAGUUGUAAAUGGAAUUCAUAAAACAAAAUCUGUUGAAAACAGCCUUGCUGUUGUAUGUGAAAUUUGGAGGGCAUCAUAAACAAACCUGUUACCUAAUUGUAUUGCAAUUGCUGCUAUUGUAAAUGUACAUGAAUAUACAAAGAGUACCAAGAAUUUUUAUGAUAAAACCCACACACAGUCUUUUUUUAAAUUUAUAUUAAAAUGUGUAUUCUUCAAACAGUCAUAAUUACAGCUUUAUGUGUGUAUCAUUUUGUAGCAUUUGUUACUGCAAAAGAAAACCAAACCAAAUACUUCAGUGCCUUGAGUUUUUUAAACAGUUCAGCAUAUUAGCUGGGGGAAAAAAAGGCCUUAAAUCAAAAGCGCCUGAGAAACAUAUGUAGAUUGUACUCCACUUGUUUUUAACAAAGCUUUGUAUCAUUGAUGGCAUUCUCUUCAGUUAAAAUACAUACAUCCGCAAGUUGUGGAACUAACUGAAAGCUGACAGCUUCUGAUUUUUUUUAGAGCAUGCGUGUUUUGAAUUUGCAAUAUAUUGGAAUUUGUCUCAAAUGCAUUAUUUCAAGUGAACUUUGAUUAAUAUUUUCAUAUAUAUUUCAACAGAAAUCUUGACAUCUGUCAAAACUACAUAACAUUAAAAAAAAAAAAAAAAACAGAAAAAAGAAAGAAAAAAAGCCAGUAACUGACACUUAUGUAUUUGGGGAUUAAAUUGAUGCUAUUUACAGAUUGUCACUAGAAUACUUUUCAUUAGAACCGUAAAAUCUUUUUUGUGUUGCAGAAAGUCUUCACCAAGUAUUUUUCCAAGCAUGGCCUUCUAGCAUACAAAUGAACUUGAUAAUACUGUCUUAAGAAAAACUUCUUUGAGGCUUUCAUCCCUUCAGACCACUGUAUGUUAAAAACUUUCUGGCCAUGAAAAUGUAAUGUUUCUUUUUGUUAACAAAACCAAAGUCUUGUUUGAAGGAACUGGUAUUUUAUCUAAAUAUCUGUACAGAUAGCAGACUCUGCAUUUGUACUGUAGAUUAUGUGAAUUUUUGUUUUAUAAUAAAUAUUUUUAAAAUAUU